UGGGACUAGACGAUACUGAAAGGCGAAGACCUAAAUUCCGAAAAGAAAAAAAAAUUCCCAUCGUCGCCGCCGCCGCCGCCGAGACCGCUGGGCGCCGCCAUGUCGACCCCAGGCGCCGCUUACUACGCCAGCCUCGCGCGCAAGCAGUUCUUCUGCUACCAAUGCAACCGCACCGUGCUCAUCGCUGCCUCCGCGGCCGCCGCCGGCGAGCUCUCCUGCCCCGAGUGCGGCGGCGACUUCCUCGAGGAGGUCACCGUCCCCGCCCCCACCAUCCUCCCCUUCCCCUUCGCCUUCCCCCCUAUGAUGCCCACCGCCACCGCCCCCUCCCCCCCAUCCCGAUCCUCCUCGUCCUCCUCCGCCGCAGCCCCCUCCAGCGACCUGUCCAACUUCCUCACCAGCAUCCUCGACCUCCAGGAGGGCCGCCGUGCCAGGUCCAGGAGCGGGAGCGGUGCUGCCUCCGCCGCGGGCACCGCGACACCCGAGAACGAGCCCGAGUCCUUCGACCCGGUCACCUUCUUCCAGAACUACAUCCACAGCCUCAUGGAGGGCGGCGCCAACAUCCAGGUCCUCCUCGACGAUGCCAGCGUCAGCCUCGCCCCCGGCCUAGGCGGCCGUACAGGUGGGGCGAGCUUCGGGGACUACUUCGUCGGCCCGGGCCUGGAGCAACUCAUCGAGCAACUGGCGGAGAACGACCCCAACCGCUACGGCACCCCUCCGGCCGCCAAAUCGGCCCUCUCCACGCUUCCUGAUGUUGUCGUGACUGAUUCUAUGGUCGCGGCGGCGGAGGGCGCUGAGUGCGCUGUCUGCAAGGAAGAUUUCUCACCUGGGGAGGGGGCCAAGCAGAUGCCCUGCAAGCACAUCUACCACGACUACUGCAUAGUACCCUGGUUGGAGCUCCAUAACUCGUGCCCCAUCUGCCGCUUCGAGCUUCCCACUGAUGAUCCUGAUUACGAGGGCAAUAAGACCUCGAACCCACAGCCAGCUGUUGGCAUCGCUUCCGCAGCUGCAUCUGGGAACUCUAGCGCUGCUGAGGAAGGAAGGGAGGAGACAGGGGAGACGGCGAGGGUAGUUGAAAGGAGAUUCAAUGUGUCGCUGCCAUGGCCGUUUGGUGGAUUGGGAGGGCAAACACCGCAGCAAGAUGGGAACAAUGGGGAUGCUGGCAGUAGCUCGCAGGAUGGAGGUGGCAGCAACAAGAAUUGAGCGCAAAUGAGUUAUCAGUGGAGCUUCCCUUGUCAGUGCUCCGUCCAAAGGUCUACAUCAUUCGUGUGUCACCAUAACUUAUACUACAGACAUCAAAAGACCAAAGGAAUUUACAGCCGUUUUGUUUGGUGGAACAAUGCUGUUGGUUUUUAGUUCUCGUCUUUGCUGUCCAUUAGGUCGUGUACACAGGGGACAGAAACUGUUGCGAACGUGCGUUGCUUUAGACUAUGUGCAGAUUUGUUAAUUGAUCUCGUUUCGUCAAGGAUCCCAA